GUGAUGGCACGGUUUCCGAAGAGAGGCUCCAGGAGCUGCUCGCCCACCCAGAGGUCGCGGCUUACUUCAACGUCCUCGACCUUGAUGUGCAGGAAACUUCCGUGUUCUUCCACAUCAUUGAUAAUGGUGAUGGUGAGGUGACUCUGGACGAGUUCAUUGAUGGCAUCCUCCGCUGCAAAGGUAAUGCCCGGGCAGUGGAUUCAAUGGCGAUUCGAGCAGAUCUGAAGAAGCUGACGACCAAGGUGAACAAGAUCCAGAGGGCGCUGAAGCAGCGCAGCAGUCAAUCUGAGGCUGUCUUUUGA